UCAGGUCAAAUUUUAAGUCAUUAUGCCAUUAUAAAUUUAGGCCUAGGUCUUGGAUCGGCGUUUAUUUGCGCCGUAGUCGCAGUGACGUACUACUUUGACCGCUAUCGGGGAGUGGCCUCUGGCGUUGCGUCUGCGGGCACAGGGAUAGGCUACAUCGUGAUUCCUCUGGUGCUCAACUCCCUAAUAGCUCGUUUUGACACACCUGUGGGCUGGAGAUACGCCGUCUUAGUCCACUCCCUCAUCUUGACUGGCAUUACCUUUGUGAACGGUUUGAUUCUCCGUCCAAUAGAAGUGGAGGCGGCGACGCUAGAGGAGAUUCUUGACAUAGAGAACGUAAACGCCAAUUCCACUAAUAAUCUCAGCGAGACCUCUAGGGCUGGCUUGGAAACUAUCAGAGAGUCGGAAGUUUUGGGAUUUACGUCACAAACAAACAACUCAUCACAUCCGCUGCAAGUGCAAUCGGCAGAACUUUUUGCCUCUGAUCCAACCAUUUCUGGAAGCCAAGUAGAGGAGAGUGAGCACGCCGAAUUCAGCGGAUUGUGGGGCAGAAUCGUGACCAAGGAAGGAAAUGCUGGGAGCCGAAUAUUGGCUGAAAAAAUCCGUUCGAAUGGUCUGUUGCUUUGA